CCCCCCGCCCAACCGAACUUUGGACCCAGCCCUAGCAGAUAAACAGGCGGGGUAUAAAUAGCAGCCAAACGCAGCCGCUGCAGCUCCGGCGGGUCUUUCUUCGGGGAGGCCGACAAAGCGAGGCGCGGGGGGCGCAGCGAAGGGGGCCCCCGGCUGAAGCCCAGCCAUGUGGGCUGGGCUGGGGUUGGCCCUGGCUCUCUGUCUCCUCCCAGGAGGAGGGACAGAGAGCCAGGGUCCAAGCACCCGAUGUAAAGAGCCUCCGGAUUGGCGAAUUGGGGAACAAAAUCCAAUGCUGGACUCCAGAGGCUUCGUGACGGUGGUGGCUCUUCUCCAAGCCAGCUGAUACUUGUGCCUGUUGCAGGCUUCCCGCUUGGAAGACCUGCGACUGAAGCUAGAAAGUGAUGGCUUGACCAAUGUCUCCUUUAUUGUGGUCAAUCAUCAAGCGCAACAUUCUCAGCAGAACUUUCACCAUCUAAGAGAAAGGAUUUCGGAGAACAUUCCUGUAUACCAACAAGAUACAAAACAGCCUGAUGUUUGGACACUUCUCAAUGGAAAGAAGGAUGAUUUCUUGAUCUAUGACAGGUGCGGCCGUCUCGUGUAUCACCUUGGUUUACCUUACACUUAUCUCAGUUUUCCAUAUGUGGAACAAGCCAUUCAGCUCACAUACUGUGAAUCCAAAUGUGAAAACUGUACUUACUUGACAACAGAGGAGGAAGAAAUAUGCAAGAACAUAUCAAAGUCAACUGAAGAAGCACCUCACCACCACCACCCCCCACAUGGGCAUCAUGGCCAUCAUGGCCACCAUGGCCACAGACAUCGGAUCCCACCAAACCAUCGGCGACAUAACAAGGGUGUGGAGCAGAACAGAGAGGGUCAGGCAGGUAGCCAGGUUGUAGUUUCCCCACAGGUGGGAAUAGCAGAUGUUCCCCCACAAGGGAAGAGGCUCUGACGAAAGGGAAAUGCCAUUUGCAAUCGACAGUUGAGCUGAAACUGGCAGCAGCUCUUAAGGGAAACAUCAGGUAGUUGAUGCUGACACUGACGACACUUGUUGUUCGAAGAUCUGAAUAGUGUCGCAUCCUGACAUUGUCGUGGAGAGCUGCCAUCUUCCUGCAGGUGACAGGGGCAGCUGUUGGCAGAAAAUGUCGCUGAGUCUUGACAGUGACGUCUGCCAACAGCUGCUUGACAGCCACAAGCAGUGAGUGCAGUUGAGCUCUCUGAUGGCUGACAGUGAGCAGGAAGAAUGGGUAACUGAGCCUGAAAAACAGUCUAAACACCUUAAAUUUACCAUUGGUUCCAUGAUAAUGCAAAUAUUGAUACCAUCAGAUUCCAACGCAAAAGGGAGUUAAAAUGACAACUAGUACAACUGCCUUCUACUGGUUAUGUACCAUUCAACAGAUUGAGCAUGUAUAUAGCUAGUUCCAUAAGCCAGCUAAGUCAGAAUAGUGCAUUUCAGUUUUGUUCAGCUGUGGUCAAGUAUUGUUGCUUAACUGAGCUAUCUAGGUCAGUUGACUUUUACCUUGUAAACAACAACAGUAACAUCAAGAACUCCCUUGUAAUAGCAUGGAACUGCUUUUCAGUGCCCGUUCUGAGUGUGCGCAUUGUUUUUGUUAAUUUAUCUUUCUUGUUUCCACUUCUACCAUUCUGUUUGCAUUCAUGAAAACAGAAGCCGAAACUAUGACCUAGGGGCUUUUGUUUGAUAUAUUGCAGCCAAGAACAGGAGUGGAUAAGAAAAGACAAGUUAACUAGUUUUAAACUUAAAAAAAUCAAAUCACUGUAUAAAAAUUUGUUCUUUUUUCACUAAAAACUAUAAAGCCACUUAAUGAUCAAACUUCACGGUAUAAUGUGUUGCUUAUUAAAAGCUUGAGUAUGAACAGUAUUUCAGAUAAUGCAUUUUCAUGCACAAAAGAAUUUGUUGGAAUUUCUGACUCCAAAGUAACUGAUUGUGUGUACAUGUACAUUUUCAGAAAUUCAUGUAGCUGGUUUUUUUUUAGCAGUAAUUGUAUAUAUCUCUGAAGUAACUUUCUUUAGACAGUCUUUCUGGAGCUAAGGAUCUCACAGCCAUUAGGAAUUGGAAUGGAAAGAGUGCAUGGGGUGGAGUGGAGCAAGUAAAAGGAAAUUUUAUUGAAGGAUCAAUGCAAGAAAUAUCUUUGCUUAACAGAUUUAGGUAAGAUUUAAGCUUUCCAAGUUCCAUUAAUCUGUGAAUUGUCUAUGUUAAUUUUUAUAACUGAAUAAUGAAACUCGCACAAUGCUUCUCUUAUUACUAUACUUCCUCUUUUUGCAAUUAAUUAAAUUUUUGUAUGCCCGGUUUGGGGGAUUCAGAGGUGAGAGAAAAUGUAUAACAGAGAGAAAGUGCUUAGAUUGUGCUUGCCAUAGUUCAUGAUGGUUUAUUAGGGAAAUAAAUUCUACAAAACCUGAAUUCCUUUAUGGUGAACACAGAAGAAGCAUGAACGUAGUUUAGAAUGUAACUGGAAAGCUUAUGAACGAACAGUCAAAAACAAUGUUUUUAAUAAAGAAAGCUUCUAUCAA